AUGGCGUGGCAGGGGCUGGUGCUGGCUGCUUGCCUCCUGGCGCUCCCGUCCGCCGCAGCAGACUGCCUGUCCCGGUGUUCCUUGUGUGCGGUGAAGACCCAGGAUGCGCCCAAGCCCAUCAACCCCCUGAUCUGCUCCCUGGAGUGCCAGGCUGCCCUGCUGCCCACAGAAGAGUGGGAGACAUGUCAGAGCCUUCUGUCUUUGCUCACCCCCUUCACCCUCGGGCACAGUGGCAAGGAAGACGUGGAGAGCAAGGCAGCUUUGGAUGAGCCCUCUAGUGAGCUGGCCAAGCAGGCUGGCCCUUUUCUGAAGGAGAUGGAGAAAAGCAGACUCCUCUUCAGCUCCCCGACAGAGGAGAAUGCUCUGGGCAGGAGCCUGGUGGAGAAGCUCAGGGGUCUCUCUAGCAGGUUGGGGGAGGGACCAGAGUCUGAACUGGUGGGGGGCUCCCAGCCAAAUGAUGGCACCUUAGAAGCUGGAGCACUGGAUUCUAAUGAGGAGGACCCCAAAGGGCAGGUCAAACGCUAUGGGGGCUUCUUGCGCAAGUACCCCAAGAGGAGCUCAGAGGUGACUGGGGAGGGCGACAGGGAGGGACAGUUUGUACAUGAGGACCUGUACAAACGCUACGGGGGCUUCCUGCGGCGCAUCCGUCCCAAGCUCAAAUGGGACAACCAAAAGCGUUAUGGUGGUUUUCUGCGGCGCCAGUUCAAGGUGGUGACCCGGUCUCAGGAAGACCCCAAUGCCUAUGCUACAGAUCUGCUUGAUGUGUAA